GUUUAAGGCUUCGUGGGGUUUUGGACGAACAAGCAGCAAAAGAGGAAGAGGAGACUAGAAGAGAAAUGAAAUGAUGACUGAAGAGAUUUGAAGCCCUUGGGCUUUUAGGCAUGGCGGAGAUGUUCCAAGGUGGGGUCCACCGAGCUAGUAGAAUCAGAAGAGCUGUUGUGAUCGGAAAUGGGUUCGCGGGUGCAGAGAAUCAGAGCAUUGGUUUGGUUCGUGCUCUGGGCCUCUGGGGUCGUCAAUCCGUCUACCGUGUUACUCGGCCAAGAGGAGGAAUUAAUGAGUGGCUUCACUGGCUUCCACUUUCUCUCCAUAGAAAAGUCAUGCCUCUUCCUGCUGAAAGAACAGCUCAGGCCUCUCAUCCUGAUGUUUUGGAAGCUGAUGCAAAGCAGAUUGCAGAAAUGGCUCGUCAAACAUUUGACACAGACGGCCCGUUGCUGGUGGUUGCAUCUGGCCGGGAUACCAUUCCUGUUUCAAGCGCCAUAAAACAUUUAGCUCCAGAAAAUGUUUUUGUUGUCCAGAUACAACAUCCAAGGUCGCAUCUGAAUAGGUUUGAUUUGGUGAUAACUCCUCUCCAUGAUUAUUACCCCUUGACUCCAGAGGGACAGGGACAAAUCCCUUGGUUUCUGCGGAGGUGGAUUACCCCACGUGAACCACCUGGCAGUAAUGUGGUUCUCACAGUGGGAGCACUUCAUCAGGCGGAUUUCACUGCACUUAGGAAUGCUGCAUCUGCCUGGCAUGCUGAAUUAGCACCACUUCCGAGACCUUUGCUUGUGGUUAAUAUUGGAGGCCCUGCAAGAAACUGUUCAUAUGGUGUCGAUCUUGGGAAAAGGUUAGCAGCUAUGCUGCAGAAUGUUCUUUGGAGCUGUGGAUGUGUGAGAAUAUCUUUCUCUAGGAGAACUCCUGAGAAGUUGUCCAGAAUUUUGAUGAAAGAAUUCGGUACUAAUCCAAAAGUCUACAUUUGGGAUGGUGAAGGUUGUAAUCCACACAUGGGCCAUUUAGCCUGUGCGGAUGCUUUUGUCAUCACAGCGGAUUCAGUCAGUAUGUUGAGUGAGGCUUGCAGUACCGGCAAACCUGUUUAUGUGAUCGGUGCUGAACACUGUACGUGGAAGUUUGCAGACUUCCAGAACUCCCUGCAGGAACGAGGAGUGGUUCGACCAUUCACUGGUAAAGAAGACAUGUUCAAGUCUUGGAGCUAUACACCACUCAAUGACACAGCAGAGGCCGCCAGUCGGGUGAAGAUGGCACUUGCUGAGCGUGGAUGGAGCAUAUAGUAACUUAAGUAAAUGAGCUUGCCAAGCCCUUUGUCUAGCUUACUUCAGUAGUUUGUUUGACCCAGUUUUGUCCAAUUCAUCUUUUACCAAUGUAACUAUUAUUUUCUAUUAAAUUUUGCUGUAUCGUGCCCCAAGGUUAGGGAAGGCACGUCCUUUUGUAUUUGCUUUUAUCUUGCGAUCGAGCCUGGGGGUGUUGCCCAUAAACAAUUUCUUCAAUAACAAGACCAAAUGAAAGAAGCAAGAUCAAGGACGCAUUCUUCACCUAGAGAUGCAAAUUUAUUUA